UUCCUUUACCCCAGAGCAAGAGGAUGAUGCUCAGAAUUUGUUUGUGGACUAAAGUGGAAUUAUUUUGGAAGACGUUUUACAUUUAGAAAUUUGGAUACCGCGUCUGACAACUUCUUUACAUAUAAAUAUUGGUCGCGCGCUCAUUAAGGACUCUGGUAAAAUGGCAAAACUGUUUCCUGAUGGACUUUUGUUAAUUGUGAGUUUGUUAAACAUUUUCACCGUGGGUGCAUCAGUAUCCCGGACAGGAGACCUGCACUCAUCUCCAGUCUUCUCUGAUGAUCCGAACAGUGUUUUGCAUCAGCACACAAAAGCAGAGCUCAUUUCAGCAUCACACUCCCGCACAAGAACCAAGCGCUGCACUUGCUACUCUUUUAAGGACAGGGAAUGUGUUUAUUACUGUCACUUGGGCAUCAUCUGGAUCAACACCCCACAGCGCACAGUUCCGUACGGCAUGUCAAGUUACCGCAGCCCUCAGCGACUGAGACGCUCCAGUGGGACAGUGAGGAUGGUACUUCAUCGCUGCACAUGUGCAGACCACAGUGAUGCCCAGUGCUACAAUUUCUGCGAUGCAAGAACACAGAAUGUGCCGGACAGAAGAUCGAUAGGACAUUCACCUGGGUAAAAACACGUCACACGUUGGGCCUAUGAGAACAGAUCAGCAACCAUCUGGGCACCCAACUAGGUACAGCUUUUGGAUUUUUACAGAUUUGGAGCGAAACCUUCCCCACAUUCCUCACCGUGUUAUAUUUCCUGGAACGACCUUGACUCAUCUGGUCCACGGUAACAAGUGAAUUCUUUAGAAAACUCUUUGCAGAUUUCGGAAGCAUAUCUGGUACCCGCGUCCUUGCUUCAAGGGUUAUGUUCACUUGUUUCAGCUUGACUUCAGGUCUAAUACAAAUAUUCAGUGGACGUCUUUGAAUUUGGGAGUCUUGUGGUAUUGGAAAUAGAACUGUAAAAUAGACUCUGCAUUAUCUCCACUUUAUGGGCUGAUUUUCAGAGCGCACAGAGGGAUUACUGGGUGAAGACACAGAUGAAGUCAGUCUUGAAUUUACAUGUACCGAGGCUCCUUCACUUCAACUGAUAGCAGGAAAUUAAACGUUAAACAUUGUUAUUGUGUAUGAACAGUUAGGAUCUCUUAAGACUCCUGAGAGAAAGAUUGCCAGAUUAACCGCCGCAAUUUUCAACCUCCUGAAAUUAUCCUCUGCAUUUUUGCUCACUCCAGCAAAAUGUAUCCCCUCUCCACAACAAGAUAUGACAUUUUAUAUUCCUAAGAUGGCUUUGAGUUCAAAUGUUAUUAUUCGUGCAUAAAAUAAUGGAUCUAGUGAUACCAAUAUACUGAAAGCUGAAUAUUAAACUAAACGGUCUAUCACUCUGAUCUUACUAUAUAUAUAUAAACAAUGACCUGAGAGCUUGACCUCCUGCAGAAGUCUGACCGCCUUUGGAUGCAAUACUAAUUUCUCUGUAGUCUCACUAUUUAAUCUUCACUAGUAUUAUCUGUGUUUGUAAACACUUUAAAUUAUUAUAUGGUCAUUUUACAAUGUUAUUAAUGACAAGCUUGAUUUAUAGUAACUUUUAAACAGUUCUGUAUCAUCCAAGGCAUAUCCUAACCACUGUUUCAAUUUCAAACUUACAGCAAGUUGCUUUGGUUAGUUUUGUUUAAAAGUGCAAUUCACCAGGAUGGUAAGAUGGGGUUAUAAUAAAUGUUAGCAGAAAUUAUUAUUAGUAGUAUUAUUUCAAUUAUUGAAAUAAGGCAAGAGAAAAUAUAAAGAAUAAGAAAACUACAACAACCAUAAUGCACUAGGCUCAAUUAAACUAUACAGGGAUACAAAAAUGCGGAUAAACGUCAACACCCAUAAUGCAUUUUACAUCGUCAGGUGGAUUUCUGUUAACAAAUAAACAUGGAUAUUUCCAGGUAACACAGAAAAAUAAUACACAUUUUUCAUUUAUUUACACUACCAACUAAUAGAGAGUAGACUGGUAGGCUAUACUGGUCAUAAAACAAUAGGUAAAGUUUUAGCAGUGCUUAAAAUAUUACUUUAAAUAAAUGUGAUUUUUUUUUAUCUGCCUUGUUACAAAACCUAAUAUUAUUUCACAAAACAUUAAUUUUCUUUAAUGUAUUUAUAAACUGUAUUACUGUGAGACAUCCUCAAACUAAUAGUGAAUGAAACAUCAGUGGUUCUCAGCUGGUUUGGCCUUGGGGCCCACGUUUUCCAAUGGUCAUCAAGCCACGACCCACUAUAUAUAUAUAUAUACACACACACAAUACAGACCAAACGUUUGGACACACCUUCUCAUUCUCAUGACUAUGAAAAUUGUAGAUUCACACUGAAGGCAUCAAAACAAUGGAUGAACACAUGUGGAAUUAUAUAUGGAAUUAUAUACAUAACUAAAAGGGUGACAACAACUGAAAAUAUGUCAUAUUGUAGGUUCUUCAAAGUAGCCACCUUUUGCUUUGAUUACUGCUUUGCACACUCUUGGCUUUCUCUUGAUGAGCUUCAAGAGGUAGUCACCUGAAAUGGUCUUCCAGCAGUCUUGAAGGAGUUCCCCGAGAGAUGCUUAGCACCUAUUGACCCUUUUGCCUUCUGUCUGCGGUCCAGCUCACCCCUAAACCAUCUUGACUGGGUUCAGGUCCGGUGACUGUGGAGGCCAGGUCAUCUGGCGCAGCACCCCAUCACUCUCCUUCUUGGUCAUAAUAGCCCUUGAUGCCUUCAGUGUGACUCUACAAUUUUCAUAGUCAUGAAAAUAAAGAAAACUCUUUGAAUGUAUAUAUAUAUAAUACAAAAACAACGCAAAUAUAUUUCACAAAAAUGAAUGGGUUAGUUCACCCAAAAAUGAAAAUUAUGUCAUUAAUUACUCAUCAUCAUGCUGUUCCAAACCCUUAAGACCUUUUUUUUCAUCUUCGUAACACAAUUGAAGAUAUUUUUGAUUCAAUCUGAGGGCUCUCUGAGCAAGAGAACUACCAGAGUCAAGGCACAGAAACGUAUCAGGAUGAUCGACGAAGUAGUCCAUGUGACAUCAGUGGUUCAACUGUAAUGUUACAAAGCUAUGAAAAUACUUUUUCUGCAAAGAAAACAAAUAUAACGACUUUAUUCAACAUUUUCAUCACUACUGCAUCACUUGUGGAUGCGUGUUGAGGACAGUACCAUGAUGCAAGCCUGUGAAAUAUAACUGAAUAUUGGCAUGUCUUCAGCCCACAUGUGAACAUGUGAAGUUUGGGUCAGAUCGGACAUUUAAUGUUUAAGUUAAGUGUAAAACAGGAAAUUAAGAAAUUUCCUGUUGGCAGCCGUAUGGCACUAUGGUAUAAUUGGCCUUGAGACGUGUUCAAGCCAGGACUCUCAUAAAGUUUGGGGCAGAUUGGGCACUAUAUGCAUGAGUUACAACAACUUUGUUUGAUGGUGCUAAUAGCAUGCUUUAGCACUUAGUAAGUGAUGCUAGCAUGUUUGAGCAUGUUUCUAGCAUGUUUAGUCCACAAUGGAAUGUUUAACUGUGUUGCUAAUUGUGCAUCACAGUGUUAAACAUCACUUUCUAAUGGCAGCAGGUGGUGUUAUGACUAUAACUGAAUCUUGCCAGGUGUUCAGGCCAGGACUCUCAUCAAAUAUGUUAGGUUUCAUGCAGAUUGGACACUGCAUGCCUGAGUUACAUCAACUUCCUGUUUCACUGCAUUAAUAGCAUGCUGUAAUACUUAGCUAUGUGUUGCUAGAAUGUUUUAGCAUGUUUCUAGCAUGUUCCCAGCAUGUUGCAAGGAGUCCAUAACAGUGUUAACCAUGACACUUCCUGUUGCCAGCAGUGUUUCAUGGCAAAACAUCAAAUUUUGUCAGAUUUUGGACUUUGUACCAAGAUACUUCCUUGUAGGUAAUUGUGUGUUACACGUGUAGAGAUUUUCUCAAGGUGCACUCUAUUGAAAUUUUAUAGGUGGUAUCGAGUCAUUUUACCAGUCCCACUUCUGAAACCCAUAUCAGAUGUUCAUUUUGCCAGUUCUGACACAUGUGCAAAGUUUCAUGAGUUUUGGAGAUUGUUUAGGCCCUCAAAAAUGUGAUUCACUUUGGUUAAGAAGCCUGUAUGCUUGGUUUAUUUUCACAUAACCAUCUGUUGAAUUUAACAGGUUGUGUACAGUAUUUGCUGAUCAUUCAUGCUAUAUAUCAUGUAUUACAUAUGCUAUUUUUUAUUUAAAUAAAUAUUUAUUUUUAUUUAAUGCUGUUUCAGCACUGGGCUUGUUCAGAUUUCUUUUGACAACUGGUAAUUUCACCUGCCACUCUUUAGGGUUUUUCUUAUGCCAGUUCUAAUAUUUUUUUUGUUGAUAAUUUACCUAUUGCACUUUCUAAAACUUUCUCAGCAUGUCCCCUUGCUUUUUUUGAAACUUGAGUUUUUGGUGUAGGCAGUAGAAUGUUUUGCGUUAUGCAAAAAAUUCUUAGCACAGACAUUGUAUCAGAGCUGCACAGUGUGUCAGAUCUGGAAAGACGUUUAUACAACACCUUACAAAAGCCAAAAUGUUCCAACAAUUAUAACUCCUAGAUAUGUUGGAUGAAAUAUAGUUUUGUCUGUGAAAUUGUAAUUAUAGCAAAGAAUGUGCUGAUGGCGUUCUGUUUUUCUAUGACAUUCCGCUCAUGAACACAAACAUCUGUUUUUAUGAGGUGUGGUAUAUGGUAGGGUCAUGCAUAACAUUUCAUCUAUUUCUGAAUAUUGUUCCAGCAUUGAAUAUGGUCAGUCCAGCUGCUGUGUGCUGUUGUGGCUGUAAUAAGUUAAAGGGGGGUUCAGUCUGGGUUAAAUAAAAAUAUUGACGGCACAUGUGACAUGCAUGUCCUUAAGUUUGUAAAAAUGAAGACAAAAAAAAAGUGUAAUGUGGUUUCAAUAAACGUUUACAGCUAAACAAUGCUUUAAAUAACAUUAAACUUUAUUCAUUCAAAUGUGGGUUUUAUUGAAAUUUGUUGUCAUAUUCAUAGAGUCUGUUUUCUAUUGUAGUCUAUUUUAAAAUGUCUUUUAUUCUUUUGAUGUCAAAGCUGAAUUUCCAGCAUUAUUACUCCAGUCUUCAAUGUCACAUGAUCCUUCAGAAAUCAGUCUAAUAUGUUGGUUUGCUGCAUCUCAAAUAGAUUUGCUGCUCCAUAUUUUUGAGGAAACUUGUAUUGUUAAACUUUUGAACAGUUUAGAUAUUUCCUAGAAGCUUCUAGAAGUAAGGCGGUCCUAUAAUUUUCUAAC